AUGAUCAGGGGCGGUCGCUUUCCCAUCACCAGAAUGAGAUCACGGCUCGGUUGGCAGCUUCCAGCGGGGAAGGACCCGGGCGCGGGCUUCCACGCACUUCGGGGCUCGGGUACCUACACUCGAAAAGGCUUGGCGGGGGUGGGGCCGAAUCGCAUUAGGGAAUUUCGCGGGAAGCCAGCUGCUGAACAUCAAUCGAAACAAGAAAGGAAGAAAACAGAAAACGAGACGAUGUUGAACCUUCAGUCAAGCCCGAACAGCCCAGGCCAGGAGGGACAGGGUACCAGCAAGUAUCAAUCGAUGAUCGCAUUCGAACGGGCUACCGAUUUCGACGACGAUGAGGAUGAUCAAGCGGAUCCCAACUCUUCCACCUGGGAGCUGUUUUCCCGGAAAUUCAAAGAACAACCACUGGUCCCUCUUGGAGCCGGAGCUACGACGAUAGCGUUAUUAGGGGCUGGGCGAGCGAUCCAACGGGGGGAGUCGAACAACUUCAACAUCUGGUGUCGAUACCGAGUCAUUUUCCAAGGGUUGACGCUGCUCGCGGCCCUCGGUGGCUCACUCUACUACAACAAGGAGCGGAAUGAACUCCAGCGGGUGAAGGAGGAAGAGCGAGAGAAGAUGCGGAUCUACCAGCGGGACCUCCGGAUCCGUGCCCAGGAACGCGCCGGUCAAACCGACCAUCUCCUCAAACCAUCACCUGCCCCAUCUAACUCCGAUUCUGAUCAGCUCUCGACUUCUCACAACUCUUUGUUUAACCACCAAAAUAGCCAGAUCCGCAAAGCCUUGCUUGACCGAAAACUCUCUGAUCAUAAUAAGCAGCUCGAUAGCUCAUCUCCAAUACCCUCUGAUAAGAAUUAA